AAAAACACAAGAAACAAAAGACUGAAACCUUAGGGUGGGCUAGCUAGUUUAAGGAUUGAUCAACAUUGUAAGAGGACUAAGGGGGAGAGCACUCUUCUUCUAUGUAGCAAGUCAAGGAGAAGGAGAUGGACGAGCAAAUGCAAGAACUUAUGGCAGCAAGAAUGAGCAUCAUAAGAUACGCCCAUGGUUUCAUGGACUCCAUGUCCCUGAAAUGUGUGGUGGAGUUAGGAAUCCCAGACAUCCUUCGUAAGAACACUAAGCCCAUAACACUCCAAGACCUGGCCGCCGCUCUCCCAUUGCCGGCGGUCGACAUGGGCCGCCUCCAAAGUCUAAUGAGGUACGCCGUUCACCACAUGGGUCUCUUCACCUUCAACGGCCAGGAUGGCACUUACGGGUUGACUCGGUACUCGGAGUGUCUACUCCGAGAUAGCGAGACUUUCAUGGUUCCCAUGAUACUUGGGACAUUAACCGAUUGGGUAAUCGGAGCUUGGCAGAGUCUAAGCAGCAGCAUCCAAGGAGGUCCACCAGCAUUUGAGAGGCAGCAUGGAAUCAACAACUGGGACUAUUUGGCGAGUCACCCCGAUAUGCAUCGGUUAUUCAAUGAGUCACAGGAAAGGAACACAAAGGAGAUAUUUGGUGAGAUCUUAAGCAAGUGUGGGUCAUGGCUAUUUGAAGGGAUUGGAUCUAUAGUGGACGUUGGAGGAGGAAAUGGAGCAGCUGCGAAGGAGAUAGUAAAGGAGUUUCCAAGCAUCAAGUGUACUGUGUUUGAUCUUCCACAGGUGAUGAGGAGUAACUCGGAGAAGACGAGUGAAGUGGAAUGGGUUGAAGGAGACAUGUUCAACUCAGUGCCUCGUGCUGACGCCAUCAUUCUUAAGUAUAUCCUUCACGAUUGGAAUGAUGAGAAGUGCAUGAAAAUUCUUGAGCAAUGUAAAGAGGCAACACCAGCAGGAGGAAAGGUAAUCAUAGUUGAAAUGGUGAUGGACAUUAAUCAGGAGAUGGACAUGUACCCGGUAUUAGUGUCAGACAUGUUCAUGAUGGUGAGUCUUGGAGGAAAAGAGAGGACAAGAGAAGAAUGGGAGAAGCUCAUUCAUGAUGCAGGGUACAGCAAAUGCAAAAUAACCCCAUUUUUACCUUUGGCUUCUCUCAUUGAGGCUUAUCCUUAGGGCAAUUGGAUUUAGAUUCUCUUUCUCUUUGCACCAAGAAAAAAAAAAUUAGAUUCUCUAGAGAGAGAGAGAGAGUCCAACCAUAUCCGAUGAUUGGCAGCACCCCAGUUAAGCAUCCCAGCACAAUCCCAACCCCCCCCCCCCAACCAUUUCUUUUUUUUUUUUUUUUUUCAUUCUCCAAGAAAUUAUUAUGUGAUGACUGUAAGGAUCAUAUAGUUGGGAUAAGGCUUUGUUGUUGUUGUUGUUGUUGUUGUUGUUGUUGUUGUUGUAAGGAUUAUUAAAAGAUAUUGGUUUUCACGAACAAUCGGUUUGUGAGAAGUAAGUUUCUCUUUCAUUUA